AUGGCCUUAAGUGUCCCCGGAGCGUUCUGCCGCGCUCGCCGGUUCGCGGCGCUUGGCCGCGCGCCUGGACCCGUGGGCGGGGACCCGGGCGCCCUGGAGCAGCCGGCCUUGGUUGCCGAGGCGGUUUCGUCGUUGACCAUUGCCGAUGCGUUCAUAGCCGCUGGCGACAGCCCAGCGCCGCCCGCGUCGCCCGGCGCACUCCCCAGGCAGUUCAUCUGCUCCUUCCCGGACUGCAGCGCCAGUUACAACAAGGCCUGGAAGCUAGACGCGCACUUGUGCAAGCACACGGGGGAGAGACCAUUUGCUUGUGACUAUGAAGGCUGUGGCAAGGCCUUUGUCAGGGACUACCAUCUGAGUCGCCACAUCCUGAUUCAUACUGGAGAAAAACCAUUUGUUUGUACAGCUAAUGGUUGUGAUCAGAAAUUCAACACAAAAUCAAACUUGAAGAAACAUUUUGAACACAAACAUGAAAAUCAGCAAAAACAGUAUGUUUGUAAUUUCGAAGGUUGCAAGAAGGCCUUUAAAAAACAUCAGCAGCUGAAAGUUCAUCAGUGCGAACAUACCAAUGAGCCUCCAUUCAGGUGUCCCCAGGAAGGAUGUGGGAAGCACUUUGCCUCACCCAGUAGCCUGAAACGACAUGGAAAGGUCCACGAGGGCUAUAUAUGUCAAAAGGGAUGUUCCUUUAUGGCAAAAACAUGGACAGAACUUUUAAAACACAUGAGAGAAACCCACAAAGAGGAAAUAUCAUGUGAAGUAUGCCAGAAAACAUUUAAACGCAAAGAUUACCUGAAGCAGCACAUGAAAACUCAUGCCCCAGAACGGCAUAUGUGUCGAUGCCCAAGAGAAGGCUGUGGUAGGACCUACACAACUGUGUUUAAUCUCCAGAGCCAUAUUCUCUCUUUCCAUGAGGAACAGCGCCCGUUUGUGUGUGAACACUCUGGCUGUGGCAAAACAUUUGCAAUGAAACAAAGCCUCAUGAGGCAUGCUGUUGUGCAUGAUCCUGACAAGAAGAAAAUGAAGCUUAAAGUAAAACCAUCUCGUGAAAAACGGAGUUUGGCCUCUCGACUCAGUGGCUACAUCCCUCCCAAAAGGAAACAAGAGCAAGACGCAUCUUUGCCUAAAAGCGGAGGGUUGGGGAGCUGCGUGGAAAACAAGGUGCUCUCCACAGUCGCAGUACUUACCCUCCACUAGGCAACUACUGGACCUUGUUGAAGGACUAACAACUGAAUUUUUACUUGCUCAGAAGCCUGUUUUUCUUUAUUAAAAUCACUGAUGCAGAACAUUUGA